AUGAUCAUUUUGGUCUUAUGUAUACCUUUGGUGGUUGAAUCUAAAGUCGAACAUGAACGUUCCGAAUUCGAGUAUUUCCCAACUCAAUUUUUCUAUAUAAAGGAAUCCGGAGUUGUCAUGCUUCUUGAUUCCGCUGGUAACGUUCAUAGAUCAGAAAAUGAAGGCGAAUCUUGGAAGAGGGUUUCAGAUGUUGAAGAAAAUCAAGCAUAUUCUUUGGUUCAACAUCCAUUCGAUCAAGAUCAAGUUUUCAUUCUUACAUUGGGAACAAAACAUUAUAAGACAGUUGAUAAAGGUAAAACUUGGAAUCCUUUUACCACACAAAUUCCACCAACCAGAGGAUCUAUUAUUUUAUCUUUUCAUGCAGAAAGACCUAAAUGGAUUUUAUUCAGAGGAACAUCAUGUGAAAAUGAAGGAUAUGAGUGUAAUGAUGAGACAUAUUAUACUAAAGAUGGUUUCGAUAAAUCUCCUAAUCUUCUUUUAAAAAAUACCGAGAAAUGCAUAUGGUCACGUUCCAAUCAAUAUUUACAGGAGUCACCAUUGGAAGAAAUCUAUUGUAUUAAAUAUGAUACAUCCGAUGGACUUAUGCGAAAAUUUAGUGACUUUAAAUUAGUUAGAUCUCAAGAUUAUUUUAAAAGUUUUGAGAGAGUAAACUUUAAUACUGGGAAUGAUGUCUUUGGUGUGGUGGGUUUGGCCGCUGUUCAGGAAUAUUUGGUAGCAGCUGUUAAAAAUGUUAAAACAUUUGAUUUAGAAAUGUAUGUGACGAAAGAUCAAAAAGAUUGGGAAAUAGCCAAUUUUCCUUUAGAUACUGUACUUAAAGAAAAACAAGAUGGAUAUACUGUACUAGAAUCUUCUCGUUAUCAUUUAGUGAUAGAUGUACUUUCUUCUCGUUUUACCAAUGCAGGAUCCUUAUUUAUUUCAGAUUCGGAUGGAAAUGAUUUCCUUAGUAGUUUAGAUCAUACAAAUCGAGAUAGUGAAGGUCAUGUGGAUUUUGAAAAGGUUCAAAGUUUUAAUGGAACCAUGUUAGCGAAUAUUGUUUACAAUUGGAAAGAGAUAGAAGAUGGAACUGCCAUAGCAAAACAGAUACGUUCAAAAAUGUCAUUUGAAGAUGGUACAAAAUCAUCUUGGAAAUAUAUUAAAGCACCUUUAAAAGAUAAAGAAGAAAAUUUCCCAUGUGAUACUAAUAAAUUAGGAGAAUGUUCUUUACACCUUCAUUCGGUAACUUCUUUCAUAAAUUAUGGAUUCGUUUAUUCUUCAGAAUCUGCUGCUGGAUUUCUUAUGGGUGUUGGAAAUGUUGGUCCAUAUCUUUUACCUUAUGAUCAAUGUGACACCUUUUUAUCAACUAAUGGAGGAGUUAAUUGGGAAGUUGUUAUGAAAGGAGCUCAUAUGUAUGAAUUUGGAAAUAUGGGAUCUUUAAUUGUUAUGGUAGAUGAUGAAGUUCCCACUAAUUACAUUUAUUAUACGAAAAUGCUCACGUCAGAUCCUAAAUCGGAGUCACAAAGUUUCAUCCUUAUAGGCUCUUUUGUAUCACAUGGAAGUGAUAAAAAUAAUAAAAACCGUCAUUUUAUUUUCAAAAUUGAUUUCAGUAAAUUACAUGAUCAAGAAUGUACAGACAAUGAUUUUGAAGAAUGGACUCCGAAAAAGCCUGAUCAUAAUCAAGAAUGUAUAAUGGGAACAACGGUAACCUAUAAGCGUAGAAAGAGAGAUGCUGAAUGUUAUGUUGGAAAACAAGAACAAAAAGUUUUAAUAAAAUACUGCCGAUGUACAGAAGAAGAUUUUGAAUGCGAUUAUAACUAUAUUCUUAAAGAUAAUAAGUGCGUUAUAGACCAAGAGAAAUAUAUUAAACCCGGAGUAUGUAAAAAGGAGGGAGACAAAUAUUUAGUUUCUUCCGGGUACAGGUUAAUUCCAGGAAAUCAAUGUGAUAUGAAUGAUGCCGAAGAUUUAGGAAAACCCAAAGAAAAAGAGUGUACUAAAGAGGAUGUUAUUAACAGUACACCCAAAGAAAUCACUACAAAGACCAAUCAUUACAGUUUUGAUUAUUAUUCUUAUUUCCUUGAUUCUACGGUUAUUAUGGCCAAGACUAUUGAUGGCAAAAUCUAUCGAAGUGAUGAUGAUGGAACCAAUUGGAAUCUCUUUUUGGAUGACAAUAUCAUUUAUAUGCGUUUACAUGAUCACGUGAACACCAGAGCAUUCUUCUUUACAAAUUCCAAAAAAUUAUAUUAUACUUCUGAUCGUGGUAAAACUCGUGAAGAAAUAAAUUUACCUUUGGAACCUAAUACAAUUGGUCGUCCUCUUAUUGAUUUUCAUCCUACCAAACCUGAUUGGUUAUUAUUUUCGGGAGGAGAAUGUCCAAAGUCAAGGUGUCAUACCAAAGUAUACGUUAGUGAAAAUAAUGGUGAAGAAUGGGGUGAAGGAAUUGAAACUUGGGCGGAAAAAUGUAUAUUUGGAAAAGAUGUUGAUUUUAAAGAAGUGGAUGAUUCCGUUAUAUUUUGUUCUGCUUAUAAAGAUAAAGAUUAUCCUUAUGGACAAGAUAGUUUAAUAGGUUCAACCGAAGCUAAUCCAUUACAGUUGAUAUCUAUAAAUCAUAAUAAUAAUAACAAAAAAGUGUUGAUGUCAGAAAUUGUGGAAUAUUUUGUUUUCAGUGAAUUCUUGGCGGUUGCGAAGGAGAGAAAUGGGCAGCUAAUCUUGUACAUUUCAAAAGAUGGUGAAAAUUUCGCUGAAGCCCAAUUCCCUCCAGAUAUCAAUGUAGAGAAACAGGCAUACACUCUUCUUCAAUCAAAUACUGGUUCAAUAUUUCUUGAUGUGUAUAGGUCACUUGUUAUUAAUGGAGAAUAUGGUGCAUUAUUUAAAUCAAAUGAAAAUGGAACAUUCUUUUCAUUAAGUUUGGAAUCUACCAAUCGUAAUAGUUUGGGAAAUGUAGAUUUUGAAAAAGUUCAAGGAAUGGAUGGAAUAAUAUUGGCGAAUAUUGUGAAUAAUAUUGACGAAGUGAAAAGUAAAGGAAAGAAAAGUGAAUGUUACCUUAAUUUACAUGGUCGCACUGAAGCUAAUUGGGGUUCAACUAUUUAUAGUUCACCAAAUGCUAUCGGUUUAAUAUUGGGAAUAGGUAAUGUUGGUGAUACUUUAAAAGAUUUUACUCAAUCUGAUACUUAUUUGAGUCGCGACGCGGGAAGAAAUUGGGAAAAAAUAAAAAGUGGUCAAAGUUUAUAUGAGUUUGGAGAUAAAGGCACAAUAAUUGUUGUAAUAGACAACGGAUCACCUACCAAUGAACUUAAGUUUAGUUGGAAUUACGGAAAGAAUUGGGAAAAUUUUAAAUUUUAUGAGAAACCAGUUCGUGUAUUAAAUCUUAUGACCAAUCCUAAAUUGUCAAGUAUGAAAUUUGUAAUAACUGGAACAAUCGUAUCAAAUGAUGGAAGUCAAUACGAACCAACAAUUAUUACUGUUGACUUUACAAAUUUGGAAAAAAGAGAUUGUUCUAAUGAUUUUGAAUUAUGGGAUCCAAUGGAAGGUUCUGAUAACCAAUGUUUAUUGGGUGAAGAGGUGAAAUAUUGGAGACGUAAAGCUGAUCGAGAAUGUAAAAUUAGUGGUGCAAAUUUGGAUUUGAAUCCUAAAACAAAAACUUGUGAUUGUCCUGAUCCAGAUCGACCCGUUAAUUGUCAUGGUGAAUACAAAGGUAAAUCUGGAUAUCGUAAGAUUCAUAAAACAAAGUGUAUAGGUGGAAUAGAUUUAGAAAAAGAGGAAACAAAAUUUUGCAACAUUACAAGUACGGGAAUAAUUAAAUCGACGAAAUUAUUCGAUGCACGAAUAAAAGAUUACUUUUAUUUCAAAGAUAACAAGACAGUUAUUAUUCGUACCGAUGACAAUAAAGUUUGGCAAAGUAAAGAUUCCGGAUUUUCUUGGGAUACCGUAAAGGAGUUUGAAAAUGAUGCAAUUGUAACAAUGGUCCAAAAUGCAUAUUUCAAAGAUUCUGCAUAUUUCAUUACGAUGAGCAAUUACCACUUUUAUACGAAUGAUGGAGGAUCAACUUUCAAAAAAAUGGAUGUUCCGAUGGGGCCUAAUACUCUUCAAAUUCCAAUUUUUGAUUUCCAUCCCGAGCAUAAAGAAUGGCUCAUUUACACUGGUUGCAAGGAUUGUGAUGAACUAUUUUCUUCAAAGUGUCACACCGAAGCAUAUUAUACAAAGAAUAAUGGUGAAAAAUGGGAUCUUAUAGACACAUACGUUAGGGUAUGCAGUUGGGCAAGAGACGAAAAAUUCAAAGUUAAUGGUGAAGCUAUAUUUUGUGAGAGCUAUGAGGAAAAAUCCGGUUCACAAAGAACAUCCUUUAAGAAUCCUCGAUUCUGUUAUUCAAAAGAUUUAUACAAAGAUCCAAAGUGUAUAAUUGAAAAUGUGGUUGGAUUUGCUUCGUUCGAAGAAUAUGUAGUUGUGGCUCAAUUAUUACCAUCCGGUCAAAGUCUAAAACUUUAUAUUUCCGUGAACGGGGAAACCUUUGCCGAAGCACAAUUCCCACCCGGUUUGGCGGUACCUCAUAACGCCUUUACAAUUUUACAAUCAAACACUCACUCAAUUGCACUUCAUGUUACUGAAACAACUCAUACUUUAUGGGGAAAUAUCUUAAAAUCAAAUUCCAAUGGAACUUAUUAUGGUUUAUCAUUGGAAAGAGUUAAUCGAGACGACUAUGGUUUUGUGGAUUUUGAAAAAAUGCAAGGUAUCGAAGGGAUCGCUAUUGCAAAUGUGGUUUUUAAUUAUCAAAAAGUUAUUAUGGGAUCGGCUAAAAAGUUACAGUCAAAGAUUACAUUUAAUGAUGGAGGUACAUGGCAAUCAUUGACUAGUCCUAACCUUGAUUCUAACAAUAAUACGUACGAUUGUGGAAACAAUUGUUACUUACAUCUUCAUAGUUAUACCGAACGACGAGAUCCUCGUGAUUCCUUCAGCAGUUCUUCAGCUACAGGAUUAAUGAUGGGUGUAGGAAAUGUUGGAGAAUAUUUAACUAAUUAUUUAGAUGGUGAUACUUUCUUAACUCGUGACGCGGGUUUAACUUGGAAUGAAAUUAAGAAAGGUGCUUAUAUGUAUGAUUUUGGAGAUCAAGGUUUGAAUUGGGUUGAUUACCAAGUAACUGAAUCCAAAAAUCUAAUUAAAUUCCAUGAUAUCGCUACUUCGCCGGGUGGUCUGAGUAGUAAAUUCAUUUUACGUGGUCGUUAUAUGGGAUCUUUCGAUAAAGAAGUUAUUGUUUUCCUUGACUUUACUGGAAUAUUACCUGAAAAAUGUAUAUUAAAUAUUAAUGAUCCAGAUAAUGAUGACUAUGAAUUAUGGUCACCUACCCACCCUAACAAUGAGAAAUGUUUAUUCGGUCAUAAGACACAAUAUUACCGAAGAAAUCUUACUAAAAAUUGCCAAGUUGGGGAUGAUAUUAUUUCCCACAAAGAGAUUACGGAAAAUUGUGUGUGUACAUCGCACGACUUUGAAUGUGAUUAUAAUUUUAUUCGCGAUGGCGACAACUGUAAAAUAGUAGAUGGUGCCCAACCUUUACAAGCUAAUAUCGCAGAACAAUGUGCUAAUAAUGGAGGAGAAUUCUAUUACGAAACAAAUGGGUAUGUUUCUAGUGACGAAGCCAAAUUCUUAGGUACUCAACACGAAUGUCCUGGUCUUGGUCGCAGUACUCUUUUAUGGGUUAUGAUAAUUUUAUCACCUUUCAUUAUUGUGGGAAUUGUUACCGCGUGCUAUGUUUACAGAAGACGAGAUCGAUUCGGUUACUCGCCGUUGGGUCAAAUCCGUCUUGGAGAUCAUUCUUCCCCAACUUCAUUCAUACUUUCAAUUCCAUCCCUAUUUAUGGAUAUGAUUUAUUCAAUAAGAGUACCUAGAUCCGUUUCUCGAGCAUUUUCAAGAAUUUUACCAGGAAAUAAUAAUGGUGGUGGUAGUAGAAAUAGAUAUCAAUAUAGUCCUGUGGCAACGGAUGAACCAUUAGGAAUAAAUGGGUAA